CAUUCUGCGGCUUCCAGAGGGGACGAGCCUCCAGAGGAGUACAGUUAUUCCAUUUUUCUUGUGAGCCAGGUAACACUACUGAGACCGCAAUGGCAUGGUGGAAGGCCUGGAGUGAAGCAGAGGGCAGGUCUGUGGCAGGUACUUUACAUUUUAAUGCUGCACCUGAUGCUCAGACUCUGUACAACGCCAUGAAAGGGCUGGGGACUGAUGAACAAGCUAUAAUUGAUGUCCUAACCAAGAGGAGCAAUGUGCAGCGUCAAGAGAUUGCCAAAUCCUUCAAAGCACAGUUUGGAAAGGAUCUGAUUGAAAGCCUGAAGUCUGAAUUGAGUGGCAACUUUGAGAGGCUCAUUGUAGCUCUCAUGUACCCCCCAUUCAAGUAUGAUGCCAAGGAACUGUAUGAUGCCAUGAAGGGCGUGGGAACAAGAGAAAGUGUUAUCAUAGAGAUCCUGGCAUCUCGGACAAAAGCGCAGAUCAAGGAGAUAAUCAAGGCGUACAAAGAAGCAUACGGUUCUGAUCUGGAGCAGGACAUAAAAUCGGAAACGAGCGGCUACUUGGAGCAGAUUCUGGUUUGCCUUCUUCAGGGUGAGAGGGACAAUGCCACCCUCUAUGUGGACACAGCCCUGGCUCUUCAGGAUGCAGAGGCUCUCUAUGCUGCUGGAGAGAAGAUUCGGGGCACUGAUGAGAUCCAGUUCAUCACCAUCCUGUGCAAAAGGAGUGCCACACACCUAAUGAAAGUGUUUGAAGAAUACCAGAAGCUGGCUGGUAAGAGCAUAGAAGACUCUAUCAAAAGUGAAACUCGUGGUUCACUUGAGGAUGCCAUGCUGGCUAUUGUGAAAUGCACCAGGAACAUCCGUUGCUAUUUUGCAGAGAGGCUGUACAAUGCUUUAAAGGGGGCUGGCACCGAUGAUGGGACUCUGAUAAGGGUGCUUGUUUCUCGAAGUGAAGUUGACCUAAAUCUUAUCAAGCCUGAAUUCCAGCGCAUUGCAGGAAAGCCUCUCUCCACUAUGAUUUCGGAGGACACCAGCGGCGAUUACAAGACAGCCUUGAUGAAUCUCUGUGGCAGUGACUGACGGACUCUAGGAGGAAGAUGUUGAAAAGGAUACAGAGAGAAGAUUAACAGUGAACAAGGGUCUGAAAAUGUACUUGUAGAAAAUCUUUCCAUUGAUCCAAGUGGGGGUGAAAAGAAGAUCAAAUUAAUGGCUGAGAUUUCCAAAGCUCUCUGAGGGAUGUGGAUGCCCAUUACGCACUGAAUGCUAUCCACUUCCCAAGCACAGGGGGGAAUGUUAAUUUCUUGUUUCCAUUUUCUUCUUUGAAGUUUUCUUUGUAUUUUAACCUAUGGUGAAGGAUGGCACUUGACAUGGAAUUAAAGGUUCUUUAAAAUCCUCUA